CUUUUGUAUAUAUAUUCAAUCGUCAAGAUUUAUUCGGAAAUAGAUAUAGAAAUGUGAAUUAAGGCAACGAUAUGUCAGCAAUGAACCUGGAACCGCUUCUGCUUCUCCUGUCAGCCGUCACUGGAGCUUCUGUUAAAGGUGAUCUGGAGUUGGUCGCUGGCCUUUUGGAAAUAGUAUCGAGUGGUCCGUUGGUUCCUGCCUUGAAGGAUCUAGGUCUAGUACCCGUACUAGAUUCCGAUGUCUCUUACAUAUUCUACGGCUCGGAACUCGAUCCCGGUGUGCCGUUGGUACACAAGGAAGCCUCUCAAGUACUGACCAAAACGACUUUCGAUGUCAAUUCCGAAACUUUCUUCAUCAUCCACGGCUGGUUGGGCGAAUGCCAUACCGGUUUCCUACCGACUAGCGUAAAACCGGCCCUGUUCACGGGUGGUAAGAGAGUCAACAUCUUCGUGGUGUGCUGGACCAAAUGGUCGAGAAACGAGUACAUAACUGCCACUUUGGCGCUUCCUAAAGUGGGACGUCUGGUCGGGGAUUUCAUUGCUGAACUGAGCGGCAGCACAGGCCAGUCUCUGGAAAAAUUUACCGUAGUGGGUCACAGUUUGGGUGCGCACAUCUCGGGUUACGCGGGUGCAAGAAACCAAGGGUCUAUAGCACGUAUAGUGGGUUUGGAUCCAGCCGGACCUUUAUAUUCGGAAAAUGACCCAGCCAACAGGCUGGAUCCGACCGACGCGAGGUACGUGCACGCCAUCCAUACCGACGCUACCUUCUUCGGAGACAACUACAACGUCGGCAACUCCGAUUUCUGGGUGAACGGAGGUUACGACCAGAAAGGCUGUUCCGAUGGAGUGGGAAUUUGCGACCACUUCCGGGCAGUUUCCUACUACGCCGAGUCCCUCGUCGACGAUAGCUUUGUAGGUAGAUGGUGCGGGAGUUACGAGGAAUUUUUGGCCGGCAGCUGCAGCGAUAACCCUGUAGGCGUGAUGGGUGGAUUUUUUCUAAACACUUCGCUCUCUGGGACGUACUUUUUGGACACGGCUGCGUCUUUCCCUUACGGACUUGGGAGCACUGGGCUUCAUUAGCCCGAGCAGGUCAAAUUGGACUAAUUUUUUUUUGUAAAGAAAUAUUGUAAAUAAACGUAAAC